GGCGUCACGUCUCGCCGGGCUGUCGGGGGUAGUUGCUUGCGGUGGGGGUGAUGGCGGUCGUGUGGAGCUCACGGCUCCUUUGAAGCGGAGGAUGGGUCGGUUGGGUGGCUGAGCCAUGCACAGUGCUGGCUUCUCGGUGCAUCAGAUCCUGAGCCUGGGCCUCAUCCCCCGGGUCGGGAAUGCGACCUGCCCUGGAAAUGUCACCACAGCCCUGUGCCAGUUCUCCGAGAUGUGGUAUGCAGUGUUCCUCUGGGCGUUACUGUCUACGGUUUUUAUCUACGUUCCUGCCGGAUUACUGGCAUUUGUAAUGUUGCGGCACCACAAAUAUGGGCGUUUCAUGUCACUGGGUAUCCUGGCAGGGAUCCUGGGACCAAUCACUGCAGCAGUGUUGACCAGUGCAGCUAUUGCUGGUGUCUACAGAGCUGCUACAAAGCAAAUGGUGCCUCAUGAAGCUCUGGUUCUUGGAGUGGGACAGGUGUUUUUCAUUGUGGCAAUUGCCUUUCUACGAAUUUUAGCAACUUUAUAGCAGCAGGUGAUCUGCUCAUCUAAGUGGGCAGGAUUACAGAAUCAACAAUUACCCACCUUUUUCCAGCUUGUAGCUGCAAGAAAAUUGCACUGUACCUGUGGAAUCCAAAUGGCUCCACGCCAAUCAUUGCUGCUCAACAAAAAUGAAUUGGCAACAUCAUAAGUGUAGAUUUCUGUGGAUGGCCAAGCUUGAAGAACAAAGAACGUGCAUACCAGUCUUUUGAGAGUCUCAAGUGCUGAGAUUUGUUCCUUUUUCAAAAGUCAAAGCCAAAAGAGGUAAUUUACAUGAAAAGGCACACAAAGACUUUUUUUCUCACAAUUGAAACAUAAGAUGAAGACAGAGGUAUUUUGUAAAAAUUAUUAUGAAAUGUUUAUUGUAGAAAGUAAGACCAUCUCAAAUUCUUUCUAAGAUGUACAGAAAUUGUAUUUUGAUUCUGCUCACUACAUCUCAAUAUUUCAGCAGUAGGAAUAAUUAUGAAAAGGCAAUGAAAACACUUGUAACUGAAGAUUACCAAAGGGUAGGUCACAUUAGAAUAUAACCCCAAAGAAUUGAAAUGUUACAGCUUCAGUUUAAACAAGGUGAACAGUCUGAACAACAUGUACACCCUUAUUUUCAGAAUCCACUUAUUUUAUAAUUUUAUUUGUGAGCAAUUCCACAACUUUUUGAAAAUAAAAGUUGAGUAAUUGUUUGACAGAAAGUAUGCAAUUCUUUGUCCCCAGCAAAAAAAAAUUGUGAUCUUAACCAUUCCUCAUUAUGCACUCCUCAGUUAAAUACUGAUUAUAAAUAUCUCAUCCAUUUAUCCUAUUUUUACACUGUACAGAAAAAGUAGUUAAUAUCCCUAGCUAAAUAGCAUUAUUUAUUUAAACACAUAUGAUGAAACAAGGGUGUGUAUAAUUUUAGUGGCAAUUUUCUUAACAGCCAAAACUAGGGCUUAGAGCAGCCCUAAAUGCCAAUGUCAUGCUCUUAGCUUCUGAAAAUAUGACAAAUAAGUUUAGUUUUCUUAAUGUAGAAUUAGUGCUGCAAGUAUUUUUGCUGAGCCAGUGACUGAGAAUAUCAUCCACAUUUCAGGCUAAUUACCAGGUACCAGCUCUUGAUUGCACAAGUAGAAAGUAGAACAUGACUUUGGAAAUGAUCUGCAAUAUUAACUAAGUGUGUGAAGUUUGUUUCUCAUUUUGACUUUCAGCCUGGAAAGAUGGAAUGUCUUUUCAGUGACAUCUUUUGGCAUUGACUUGUGUUGAUUGCAGCAGUAACUGUGCACGUGUAUGUACAAUUCAGGUGUGCCAACCAUUUUAAUAUUUUCUAGUAUUUAAAAUCAGCCAUUUUAAUAUUAGUACAUUUUUGUAGAAAUACUCCGUUUUCAUGUUAAGCCUGUUCAUGAAAGCAUUUGUUUAGUUUUAUCCAUUAGUCAUGUGUGCAAGCAAUUGUUAAUAAGCCCAUUUUGGACUAACUGUGAGAAAAGCAGUUUUCAAGCCUGUGUUGACAAAAUGUGCUGGACACCUGUGGAAGCUGUCUGCAUGAUGUGCUGAAGUUUCCAGUUGAACAGAUUUGCAUAUUUCCAUGAUUUGCCAACCAUUUAAGAUUCUAAUAGGUUUGAAUAUAGUUUUUAUUUUUUACAUAUGGUGAUGCAGUUGCUGUGAAAUAAUAUGUUUUGCUGUUAUAAAAACAAACUAUGGACAUUAAUUUAUACAGACUUUACUCUUUACAAAGGAGCCAAACAUUAAUGUUCUGGACCAGUAAGUGGGAGGAUCAGGGAUCACGUCAACAUUAUCAUCGUACCUGUUCCCAUUUCAAUUAUCCUGUGUGAUAAAACAUUUUUCAGUGAAAGCUAUCAUAGUUAACAAACCCAGACAAUGUCUUGAUUUGUGUAAGAGAGUGGCAUUGGAGAGGGUGAAGGAAGAGAGGAGAGGGAACUAACUGUACCAAACAAUGUCUGGCUUCGACCAAGACUUUGCAGUGGGGGGGGGGGGGGGGGUGCAUGGUGGAAUUGUUCUUCCUGCUGUGGUUAUUAACUUGCUCUGUACAAGUUUGUUGUUUCUCCUAUUUACCUUUUUGUUUCCUGUUCUCUAUACAGUUUAUUUUGUGCUCUCUGCAUGUUCUCCUCCAACUCUCCUUUUUUUUCCAUUUGUCCACCUGCUGCUGUAGUCAUGAUUAUGUCCUGACCUUGUUCGUUAGGAACUGAGUACUAAUGGUGGGAAGUUGUUUUAUUUGUUGUCACACUAAAUAGUUAUCUGCUAAAUGAUUAUCAAGGAAAUCUUUGUGGGGGGGGGGGGGAGCUGGUUGUGGGAGGGGGAUUAAAUAGAAAUGUCAUUUUAUAAGGAAAAUCACUUCUCCACAAAAUAUGCAGAUAGAAGGGUGUGAGUUGGUGUUUUACAUUGAAAAAUUAAAUGGAAUACACUCUCCAAAAUACCAGUGAGAUUCCAAGUAAUAAAAAUAGGAUUUGAUUUGGUCAACAUCAAGUAUUGGCCUUGCCAAUAAUGAACAGAGAAGUACUAAGGACAUUCAAUUAUCAGAAAGACUUGCCAUUUCACUUAUCUGAUAUUUUCCUUGUUUUAUUCAAUGUCUGUUUUUGCUGCUUCUAUCCUUUUAACCAGAGAAGUAUUUCCAAAUUCCCUCAUGCUGUGUUGCAAAUUUGCUUAUGUCUCGUCAGUGGUUGUGAUACUGUCAGUGCACCAGAUAGAAUGUAGAAGUCUGCAAUGCUGUUCCUGCAGCUAUUUAUCUAUUCAGUGAAAAUAUAGUCUUAGUAUGUUUGUACCUUAUUUUGGUGUUGGUCAUGUUUAAACCAUAGUAGUGAAUAUUUACUAAUCAUUGUCACUUGCAUUCAUUAUACAAAUUAUACCUUUUUGUAAUAUUACAAUGUAUGCAGUGGAAGCCUCGAACCAGUGACAUCUCUUUCUAAAUGAGUUGUCAUGGUACAGUCAAAUAGGUUGUUAUCUUACUUGAUUGUUCCUUAAACAUGUCUAACAAUGUGAAUUUAAGUGUUUAUUAUGGGUUUUUAAUGCUGUGUAAUGAUCAAAUAUUUGUUUUGAAAUUUAUAUUGUCAACAUGGGGAAAUCAAAAUUUUUAUUUUUCUACUUACAUUGCUAAUUUUGGUGAUAUUUGCUGGAAAAUAUUUAUACAAAAUAAAUUUUACUAAAUUGA